AUGACAGGUGUUACAAGCUGGCAUCCACCAAUACAAUGUGAAAGUGCUCCUCCUACGUUUAUAAGAUUCAAAACUAUAUUUAUAAUCUGAAUUUGUCAAUAGUACGUAGAGAUUAUGAAAGCAAAUACAUUGUUUUGUUAAAACCAGAUGAAAUAUAUAUAUUUUUUAUACAUAUAUAUAUUUUUGUAUUUUACCCCCUUUUUUCCCCAAUUUUGUGAUAUCCAAUUGCGAUCCAAUUACGAUCUUGUCUCAUCUCUGCAACUCCCCAAUGGGCUCAGGAGAGGCGAAGGUCGAGUCAUGCGUCCUCUGAAACAUAACCCGCCAAACCGCACUCUUAACCCGCCCGCUUAACCCAGAAGCCAGCCGCACCAAUGACAUCCUAAGUCAGCCUGCAGGCGCCCGGCCCGCCACAAGGAGUCGCUAGAGCGUGAUUAGCCAAGUAAAGCCCCCCCCCGGCCAAACCCUCCCCUAACCCAGACAACGCUAGGCCAAUUGUGCGCCGCCCUAUGGGACUCCCGGUCACGGCCAGUUGUGACAAAGCCUGGGAUUGAACCCGGCUCUGUAGUGACGCCUCAAGCACUGCGAUGCAGUUCCUUAGACCGCUACGCCACUCAGGAGCUUUACAUGUACGUGUUGGUGAGAGUCUCACCUUUGCACAGAGGGGUCAUAUUAGUGUUUAGCCCAAACUUUUUCGGAUGCUACAGACAGAAGUUGGCUGAUCGGCUGUACCAACUUCAGACGAGUCCCAAGACGCUUGUGGGGGUCAUAAUUGUUUCUAGGCUGAGAACACCGAUUUUCGGGUUGUUUUAUGGUCUGACAAACAUCGCUCUAGCUUUAUCACCUUUCACCGCAGAUGCAGAAGUGCGACAUUGGCGGAUGCGGUGGAUUGAGACGCAUCCAAUGCAAUAAAACCGACAUCUCUUUUUAUUAUUAUGCUAAUUCGAUUUCAGCGUGGUGCAGACAUCGACUUUAGGGGGUUAAACUAGAAUCACAGAUUUACGGGAGUGAAACAUCUCGCUUCGCCGCUCUCAUCUGUGAAUACUCAUCUGUCGCUUCAAUAAAAUUUCUGUACAUGUUUUUGAGUUAUAUCAUGUUGUUAUGUGUCUUAUAUACCAAUCCGUCACCUCACAGGAAGUCCCCUCUCAGAAAAUGAAAUUGAUCAAAAACAGCUGUAAAUAUCACAGAGUGGGCCUUUAACUCUGUUAUUUGAAUACUAAUGUGUGUGUGUUUGUCUAUUCCACAGCCACCAUUGUGCUGAAUGAGCUGAACUGGACAGACGCAUUAGAGGACGUGUUUAGGAAGAACAAGGAAGAGGAUCCUACUCUCCUGUGGCAGGUGUUCGGCAGCGCCACCGGAUUGGCUCGCUACUUCCCAGGUGAGUGGCCAGCCAGCCAAUCGGCUUGCGCCCUCAGCCCAUGACCUUCCAGUGGCUAUUAAUGGAGACGUAAUGCGCUGUGCCACCAAAGGGCCACUUUGUCACACCGUAUUUACUCAGCACUCACAUACACACACACACUGAAAGAACACACAGAAAGAGAGAGAAAGCUCACUCUCUCUCACUCGCUCACACACACACAGAGCUUUCUCUCUCUCUCUCUUUCAUCGCUCGGACAGCGCUCGAGCGGGAGGACGGGGAGGAGCGAGAGCGGGGAGCGCGCGCGCGAGAGAGCGACGCGAGAGAGCGGGGGGAGAGCGUAGUGCGUAAAGAGAGGGAGAGCGAGAGAUCUCGAAUGGGCACCGCUGGCGGGAGAAGAGGGGGAGGGAGAGAGGCGAGAGAGCGAGAGAGCGAGGGAGAGAGAGAGAGCGAUCUCUCUCUCAGGGAGGUUCUCCUCUCUAUCUCUCCUCUCUCUCUCUCUCAUCUCUCUCUCACUCUCUCUCUCUCUCUCUCUCUCUCGGCCUAUCUCUCUCUCUCUCAAUCACAGAGCCACACCAAACACCACACGCCGAGGCUGGGCAAACAGUGAGUCAUGGCGAUCCCUGUGUUUGUCACCAAGGGUAGUUCUGGGCUUGUUGACACACACAGAGACAUGGACAGAGACAGGGAUGGGGACAAGGACACUGGGACAGGGACAGAGACGGGGACAAGGACACUGGGACAGCCAUCAAUAGACUCCUUAUUCCCAACCUCUGACAUGACAGACCUGGAAAGCACUUUGUGAAAAUUGUUAAUGUAGAAAAGUUGUUCUAAAUAUAUUUCAGAUUCAUUAUAUAUAAUAACAAAGAAUAAGGUUUCAGCUGAAACUUUAAGUGUGUGCUAAAGCAAUCUAUUCAAUCUUUAUGAUAGGAAGUUAAACUGGGAUUCAAGUAAGUUUAAGUUGAGAAAACAUAAGAAACCUGCACACUGCUCUUGCUAGUAUCAUUGCUCUUUAUUAAGCUUUACGUAUCGGCCUCAAGGCCUUCGUCAGAGCUUUUGUGAGUGUUUUUAAUUUCCCCCAUUAUGGAGACAUUGCUCCACCCACAUCCGUUCAAUGCAUCGAAUGGGGUUGAAGUCAAGGAAAAUGAAACGUGCUACCAAAUAUAACAAUGUGCAUUUCAUAAGUAUUCUAUUAAAAUGUAUUCAACACGUCUGUAAAACAACAUUUAGAAUUUUGAAUCAAAGUAAGUUGAAGUUAAAAUGCAGUGUUUAAAGUCAAUAAACUGUUAUGUUGUACGUAACAUUCAGCUGGUUAGGAGUCUAUGUCUGGACUCAAAUUAAGCAUUAUGUUUUUACUGUGAAGUGUUUUGUCUUUUCAAAUGCACUUUAAAUAAAGUUUCAUUUGAUUUAAAUUGUCUUUGUACCCAGCAUCCCCUUGGAUGGACUCGCGAAAAACGCCCAAUAAGAUUGACCUCUACGACGUCCGGCGGCGACCGUGGUGAGUGGAGACACUGAGUCGCCGUCUGUCUCGUCUGUCUCCUCAUCCUCCAUCAAUCCAUCUGUCUCUCAGAACGAACGUUCCCUGCCCUGCUUGAACCUAGCUGUGUGGUCCCCAUAUUAAACACUGUUUGAGACACACACAUUUAUGCAGACACACACACACACACACAAAAAUUUGCAUAACCCUCUUACUUUACCAUUGACAUUUAAAAGUCAGACUGCUCUUGACAAUGUUUUUUUUUCUGUUGGUUUAUUUGUUGGAAUCAUUAGAUAUAAGGUAAAAGUUUCAAGGGUUUUUUCACCGCUGUAUUUAUUUGUUUGUUGGUUUACCAGGUACAUCCAGGGGGCGGCGUCACCUAAGGACAUGCUGAUCCUAGUGGAUGCGUGAGUGACUCUCUUUUUGUGAUUCAUAUUUACAGUCAGGAUCCAUUUCAUUACCAGUCAUAAAAACAAGCUCUGUCUUCCCUGUAAUGCUGAGCUUAGGGCUGCAUCAGCACUCCCAUGACUUUGAGAUACUGAGGAAAUAGAAUACUUGAUGAACCAUAGAGAAACCAUCUUUUGUUUUGCUGUGAACGUAUACCUAAGAAUUCUCAAACACGAUUGCAUUUGUGUUUACAUUUUGAUAUUUUAGUAAUCUUAUUCACAGUGAAUUACAGUCAGCGGUUAGUAUUACACAGACCUUACACAUAGUUACUACCGGUGAUAACCUAUGUAAUAACAUCGUAACAGGCUAAUAAGUACACAUUUGUCAUUGUUUUACACCAAAAAUAUAAAACAAUAUGACAAUAGGAAUUGUCCGUUGAAAAUGGAAAAAACAUAUAGGUGUCGUAAUGGAGUGCCUACAAUUUAGGAACUCACUUAAUCGUUUUCUUGUAAAACUAAAGUGACAGUGGUUGUGUAACUACUGCUACUACGUACACACCUGAUACAAGGCAAUUACGCAAGACUCCCUAGAAACUCCCACAAUACUCCCUGGGUAUAUGGCUAUUUAAUGUAAAGUACAUCAGAAAUCACUUGGAAACUUGGAAAAGUAGAGCAAGAGAGAACUUUGUCUUACAGCUGCAAGAUGUAACUUUUUGGGAGACCUGACCAAAUUCACAUAGAAAUGUGAGUUAUUGAUCUGUCAUUCUCAUUGAAAGCAAGUCUAAGAAGCGGUAGAUCUGUUCUAUGUGUGCUAUUUCUAUGGUUCCCGUUCUUAAGUUUUGUUUUUGCGGCUUCGAAAAGCUGAAAAUACAAUAUUUUUGGUUAUGGAAAAUAUAUUUCACAGCGGUUUAGAUGGUACAAUGAUUCUCUACACUAUACUUGCUUGUUUUGUCACAUAAAUAGAAAUUCGGCUAACUAUUUCAAUUUUAACAACCAGGAAAUGGCGGCGCGAUUUAUGCAUAGUGCAUCUUUAAUCAAACCACUAUAUGCUAUUGUAUCAACUACACACUAGGCUAUCAAUGUCAUGUAUAGCAAGUUCAUCAGCAAAUCCCUGCUGUGUACAUAACAUGUAUGACAGUAUCAUCUUAUUAUGUGCUAGGGAGAAUAGCCUAUAGGGAGUUUUUUUGUUGCCGUUGUCAUGGUAUUAAAACGAUUUGUCUAUAUUAGACGGGUAAAGCCCGUGCUACCGCGACGCACCAUGAUUAAUUGGCUUUGCCUGGAAUGGGACGUCUGGCACUGCGCCAGCACCUAAAUGAGAACAAUAAAAAAGAUAUAUAUAUAUAUAUAUAUAUAUGAAAAAUCAAUUUUGCCCCCCGUAGCUCUUGACGCGAGAUAGAUAAUUGGUGGGCCUGAUUGACAGGCUAUUUCAACAUCAAAGCUGUGCCGCUGCCGUCGUCGUGACAACCGAGCAGAGGGAAUAUAAAAUAUAGAACCCUUCACUCCUCCUUUUUUCCGUUCUGUCCGUUUUUUCUUUACCUGCAACCAGUUAAAGCAUGUAUUUAUAUAUAGACCAUCUGCUCUCAAGCUCUCAACUUCUCUCACUUCCAAUUUUAGCUUGAGUGGUGCUAUGUUCAAGUGUAGGCCUACAUCAUUAAAUGUCCUAUCCUCGGCGCCGUUACGACAACACAAAAUGUCAGAGUUAAAGUGACUCACUCUAUGCUAAUGUUAGCCUUUCAUUCAGCGUUAGUGUCGGCAAGAGGAGGUAUGGUGAUUAGCGCUUUAAGUCCACUGCUGGGUUAGCCUAAUGACGCUAGCCAUUUCCCCUCACAUGUUUAUCCUGAUAGGCCUAUAUCUAGAGAGCCUAUUAGUGUUAGCUAAAAGCCUAGUAGUCACGCGGCAUGUGGUUGUUUUAAUGCCUCUAUCUCUGCCUGUGCCCCAAAUGGCACCCUAUUCCCUAUACUGCACUACUUUUGACCAGAGUCCCAUAAGGCGCUAGUCAAAAGUAAUGCACUGUAUAGGGAAUAGGGUGCCAUUUAGCAGACUGCCCAUGUCUUCCUCUUCAUUACACUCAAUGUUAGUUUUAUAGCUUCAGCAAAUUUAAAGGCAAUGUCUUUCUGGGCCCCUGAGUGCUAACAGGCUAGUUAGCCUUCUUAUUGCAUAUGUUAUGGCGGCACCACACUUAGGCCUAGUGGUAAAUAUGAAUUACAAUAUGGUGGUGUUGGUUAAGUCAAAUACAUUUGUUGUUUAUAUGGUCUGGUUCCCCUUGCUCAUUACUUUGCUGUGGAUAUAGAUGUGUUCAUCUAAGAGAUUUUCAAUUGAAAUUCAUCCACACAAACAAGAGAAAUACAACAACAUACUAUUUUAACUCUUGGCUGAAGGAAGCGAUCCAGUUAAAGUUAAAUCCAGAUCAAACAAACACAUAUUUGUCUGGAGAACAUAGUCAUAUAUGUGUAAUAUCUGGUAAUAACAUGUUCCUGUGGCACUUGAUACCCUUUCUCUCCUUCCUGUAGGAAGGUCCACACCUCCAAACCAGAUGAUUUUCUUGGUUAUUUCCCCAUUACAUUAUAGUAAUAGGCAUGUAAUAACACAGUCAUAGAUAUGUAAUAACAGUUUAUAACCUCUGUCCAUAGGAGUGGCAGUGUCUCUGGCCUCACCCUCAAGCUAAUCCACACCUCUGUCAACGAGAUGCUGGAGACCCUGUCGGACGAUGACUACGUCAAUGUGGUCUAUGUGAGUAUCCAUGGCAGUUGGCAGAACGUGGUCUUUACACAUAGGCUACUUAUAGAACUAAUGGACUGUGGUCUUUACACAUAGGCUACUUAUAGGACUAAUGGAAUGACUUUGUGCUAGUCGUUAAUGUGUUUGAUGAAUGGGUUCUUGGAAUGAAAAGCCAACUGACAUUUACUCUUGAGGUACUGACCUGUUGCACCCUCUAUAACCACUGUGAUUAUUAUUUGACCCUGCUGGUCAUCUAUGAACAUUUGAACAUCUUGAGGAACGAUCUAGCCUUAAUUGCCAUGUACUCUUACAGUAUAAUCUCCACCGGCACAGCCAGAAGAGGACUGGCCACCCCUCAGAGCCUGGUUCCUCUCUAGGUUUCUUCUUAGGUUCCUGCCUUUCUAGGGAGUUUUUCCUAGCCACCGUGCUUCUACAUCUGCAUUGCUUACUCUUUGGGGUUUUAGGCUGGGUUUCUGUAUAAGCACUUUGUGACAUCUGCUGAUGCAAAAAGGGCUUUAUGAAUAGAAUUCAUUGACAUUUGAUUGAACCUAUUGAACUAAUGUGAUCUUAGUCCUUAUUUAGAGUUAUGUGCAGAAUGGUGUGUGUGGGUGUGUCUGGCCUUUUGGUUAAAGUGAUCUGGAUGAGUGGAUGGAUUUGUAUGUCUUUAAUCAGAUAUGGGCUUGAAUGCACACAUGAAUGUACUGUGUGUGUGUGUGUUUUCGUUUGCAUACGUGCAUAUGUGCCUAUAGUUAUGUGUGUUCAGUGUGUCUGUGUUCAGCAGAGCCAAGUGUAUCGGAGCUUAAAUCCGGGGCAUGCGUAACUAACUGAACGGCAGCCCAUGUGGGCGCCAGCCAGACAAGACGAUAUGAGAGCGGCGAGGAACACACACACACACAGGCUUUCUUGUUAUGAAAUAUCAUCAGUCUUCUUAUUCUUAUACAGGGUUCAUUAGCUCUGCCUGAAAAUCUUUAGUUGGCAGACAAGUAGACACCUUUGUUCACUGUGGUGUGUGUCUGUAGCGGUAGUUUGUGCACUGAGGUGUGUGUAGCAGUGAUCUCUGUAACUGGAGUGUGUGUAUGGCAGUCAUCUUUUCUUGUGUGUGUAAAUGUGGACAGAAUGAUAUCUGUGCCCCUUUUGAAACGACUCAUAUUAGUAUUUCUAACCACAGCCUGUACCAAACAUCAAUGCCUUAAAACACAGAGUCUUAUUCCCCGUCAUGUGUGGAGUGUGUGGAGUGUAUGGAUUGUGUGGGUGUGUAUGAACUGAUAUGUAUGGGUCAUCCUCUGUCUCAGUGUGUGACUUUUCUAUUUCUCUUUCUCUGUCUCCCUUUUUCAUUCAGUUCGAUGAUAAUUCAACAACUCACCCUACCUCUUUCUUUCUCUCCCUCCUCUCUUCUCUCUCUCUCUCUCUCUCUCUCUGUUCUCUCUCUCUCUCUCCCUCCCCCUCUCUCUCUCCCCCCCCUCUCUCUCUCUCUCUCCCUCCCCCUCCCUCCUCUCUCCCCCCCCUCCUCUCUCUCUCCCCCCCCCCCCCCCCCCCUCUCUCUCUCUCUCUCCCCCUUCCUCCCCUCUCUCUCUCUCUCUCUCUCUCCCUCCCCCUCUCUCCAUCUAUCUGUCUGGUACAGUUCAAUGAUAAAGCGGUGAAGGCGGCGUGCUUUCAGAACCUGGUCCAGGCCAACGUGAGGAACAAGAGGUUCCUGAAGGAUGCUGUGCGGAACAUCUCAGCCAAGGGCAUCACCAACUACAAGGGCGGCUUUGAGUUGGCCUUUGAGCAGCUCUCAUCG